CAGCCCCGGGCCCGACAGCCCCGGCAGCCCCAGCCCCGCCAUGGCGGGCGGCCCCUGCCCCGGCCCCUGUCCCGGCCCCGCGCUGCCCGCGGACGCCGUGCGCUACCGGCUGUUCGCGGCGGGCGGGCCGGGCGGGCAGGCCCUGCUGCCGCGCUGCGCUCGGGCCGCCCUGCUGCGCUUGGCGCCGCUCCUGGCCUCCUACAUCUGGCAGCGGCAGCCCUUCCGUCUGCGCUGCGUGCCGGGCUGCGGCGAGACCCCGGCGCACAUUGGCGGGACGACGCUGUUCGGGGAUAACGUGGAGGACGAGUGGUUCAUCGUCUACCUGGUGCGGGAGAUCACCAGGGAGUUCCCGGGGCUGGCGGCCAGGAUCGAUGACAACGAUGGGGAGUUCCUCUUGAUAGAAGCAGCUGAUUUUCUCCCCAAGUGGCUGAAUCCUGAGAACAGCGAGAACAGGGUGUUCUUUUACAAAGGAGAACUGCACAUCAUUCCCCUGGCAGAGACUGAGGAGCAGGGAUGUGACCUGCCUGCUGUCAGCCCAACAAUCUCACAGGCACUGACGCUGUUAUCCCGCCGCUCCGAGGAGUUCCUGGCUGCAGAGCCCAUCAGAGCAGCCAUCGACAAACGCAUCAGUGGGUAUCCCGAGAAAAUCCAGGCCUCAUUCCACCGGGCCCACUGCUACCUUCCAGCAGGCAUCGCAGCAGUGCUGAGGCAGCGCCCCUCGCUGGUGGCCCCGGCAGUCCAGGCCUUUUACCUGCGGGAUCCAGGGGAUUUAAGAGCCUGUCGUUGCUUUCGAACUUUCCCUCCAGACCAGCGCGUCAUGACUCUUGUGACUUUCACAAAGUGUUUAUAUGCUCAGCUGGUGCAGCAGAAGUUUGUUCCAGACAGACGCAGUGGGUACACCCUGCCCCUCCCAUCUCACCCUCAGUACAAAGCCCACGAGCUGGGCAUGAAACUGGCUCAUGGCUUUGAAAUGUUGUGCUCCAAGUGCAGUGAAGUGUCUCCUGGUGCCAAGAGAAAUGUGUUAAGUGGUCCCCUGUGGGAGAGAUUCCUCAGCAGCCUGGAGGAAAAACAGUAUUUCAAGGGAGAAAUGAAAGGAUCUGCUAAGUACUUGGAACGGCUGCAUAUGGCAGAAGAUUACUUCCAGCAAUCUGUUGCCCAGCCAGAAAGCUCUGAAGUGAGCCCAGGUGAUGAAAUCUUGAGGUUGCUACAGACAACAACCAUUGACUUGGAGGAGUUUGAGAGAGAAGCAGCUUGCCUUCCUCCAGAGGAUGAUGACAGUUGGCUGGAGAUCACACCAGAUGAUCUGGAUCAGAUGCUGAAGGAGGCAAGAAGUGACUCCCCUCCUUCCUCACACGAGGAAGAGCAGAAAUAUGACUUGGAAGCAGUUGCUGAAAGCAUGAAAGCUUUUGUGUCCAAAGUCUCGACGCAUGAAGGAGCAGAAAUGCCAUGGUCAGUUGAUGAAUCCCAUGUUACCUUUGACGUAGAUUCUUUCACAAAAGCUUUGGACAGAAUUUUAGGGGCAGACUCAGACUCAGAAGAGCUGGAUUCUGAUGAUCUGGAUGAAGAGCAGGAGUUUGUCUCCUCAGAGGAAGAUGAUGAAGACUUAGAUGCUGAAAACCAAAGGCAAGACCCUAAUGAGCUGAUAGGCAGUCUCAAGUCGUACAUGGAUGAGAUGGACCAGGAACUGGCACAAACCCAUGUUGGUAAAAGUUUCACCACCCAAAAGAAAGGGGCAAGCUCUGUUAACGCAGCUACAUCUCAGAGUGCUGGCCCUGAUUCUGGAUCUGAAGAGACUGAGUUGACACCAGUUGAUGUGGAUGUGAACCUAGUAACUAACCUACUUGAAUCCUACAGUGCUCAGUCUGGGCUGGCAGGACCCACCUCUAACAUUUUACAGAGCAUGGGAGUGUUUUUGCCUGAAAAUGCAGAUCGUGCUGCCUCUGGUAAGGGAGGAACAGAAUAAAAGGCUGCCUUCAUGCAGAAGAAAUGGCUGAUUGAGAAGCAAAGUACAGGAAAAACAUGCAGUAUUUGGAAGAAGAGAUGAAAAGGUUUGAAUUUAAAGCACUGUAUGCAAUAAGUUAUGUGUGACUUUCAAGAUGCAUAGUGAAUUUACCUGGAAAAGGUGUCUGUUUGGAUACUAUCUUGGGUGAAAAUUGGAUUCUUCCAGUGCUAACAUGUUUUCAGAAAACUGAAAAAUGAUGUUGUGGCUGAAAUGAAACUUUUUCUUCUGAAACUGGUCUUCAGUUUUAGAAAUCAACAAUCCAAUCACAUUUCUGAAAUGUCCUUUUUACCCAUUGCAAGGUGGUUUCCCUGUCUGGAAAGCAGUUCUUGUUCUGAAAAUGCUCCUGCCUUCAGGGGCAGAUGGAGGAAUCCUGUAUUACAGGAGCUGUGUUCUCCUGUGGAUUUGGGAAUGCUGGUUAAGUAAGUGUCCAGCAAACACUUACAAGUACAGUAACUGCAUUGUGAGAACUUCUGGUAAUUACUGGAAAAAUCUGUUCUUUAUUAACCAGGAGGUUUGAAAAGUAGUUGGUUUGAGUAUUUAAAUACUGGCUCUAAGUAUUUUCUGGGAUUUAUUUAAAUAAAAGCAGAAAUGCAGCUUGAUUACUGGA